AUGGACCUCGGUCGCUACGUUUGGAUAGGUAUGGCAAAUGGGCACAUCUGGGAGUUGGACACAAGCGAAGGAAAGGAGGUCGCAUCGAGGACCAACUUGCACGGAGAAGCGAUCAUUAAGAUGGUCCGCGUCGGCAGCGGCAUGAUCAUCAUUGACGAGGGGGGCAAGAUGUCCAUCUGGAUGCCGCGGAAGAAUGGAGCAGGCGUCCUUGCACUCGUCACGCUGGACAUGCAACCAUUCACGCAACGCAUCCCGUUCGACCACAAAGUUUCACUCCCACUGAUUCUCGGCGACCAGCUGUGGGUUGCUACAGAUCCUCCCCACGACCGCAAGCACCAGGCCAAAGAGGCAUUCGGAAGACGCAGGUCUGGCCCGUCAAUCACUGUUCACAACCCUUUUGCUGACAACAAACCGUUCAAUGCGCUCAGUCGACCAGCUACGAUCCCACCCGAGAUGCUGGACUCUGUUGGAUCCAUCACUAGCGGUGCCAUCAUUCCAAUGCAACCCCAUGUGGUCUAUCUCGGACACGAAAGCGGACAUAUAUCCAUUUGGUCACGCGAUCGGCUCCAAUGCCAGUCGGUGCUGAUGUGCACGCAACAUGGGAUCACAUCGCUGGCCGGUGUUGUCAACUUUCUGUGGGCGUCCAACAAAGCCGGCAAAAUCAUCGUCUACGAUGUCUCAGAGAGACCCUUCAAAAUCCUCAAAUUAUGGCCUGCGCAUACAGAGCCUGUCAUUGGCAUGCGCGUUGACUCGUUCGGAAUCAACAUCGGGAGACUGCAAGUUGCCAGUGGCGGCCAGGAUGGACACGUCCAGAUAUGGGAUGGUCUGCUUGCGACAGACUGGAUCGAGGGGGAAUUGAACAAGCGCGAACGAGAGUUCUGCACGCAUCGUCCCAUCCGAACACUGCAGCUCACGUGGAACAUCGAUGCAGCGGAGCCAGAGGACCUCAAUGCCGACCAGGAAAAUUUCGAAUUCCUGCCAAGGUUCUUGAGUAGUGGCGAGCGUCCUGAUAUCAUCAUAUUUGGCCUGCAGGAGCUUAUCGAUUUGGAGGACAAGCGCUUGACAGCCAAGAGCUUGCUGCUGGGCAAGAAAAAGGUCGGACAUGAGCUUGGAGACCGCAUUUCUUCGCAGUAUCGCAAAUGGGAGGACAAGCUUGUGUCAGCCGUCCGGCUUGCGCUCCAUGCGGAUGAGCCCUAUACGUUGAUCCAUUCAGAGAUGCUUGUUGGGCUGAUGACAUGCAUCUUCGUCCGGACGGCUGAAACUGGGUCGCUACGCGAUUGUGCGCUCGGAAUUGUCAAGACCGGCAUGGGUGGUCGAUACGGGAACAAGGGUGCGAUUGUCGCGCGACUGGUCGUCGAUGACACGAGCAUGUGCUUCGUCAACUGUCAUCUCGCCGCCGGCCAGCGCCAUGUGCAGCGGCGCAAUGAGAAUGUGCUUCAUAUCAUUGAGAAUGCUAGCGUUCUCGAAGCUGGCAUGGCGACCAAGGCUGCUGCCCUGAUGGCCUAUGUUGGCGGUGGAAAUGGAGAGAUGAUCCUGGACCAUGAAGCCGUCUUUUGGUCCGGAGAUUUGAACUAUCGAAUCGAUAUGAAACGGGAGCGAUGUCUGAAACACCUUUCCAACGGAGACCUGCAGCCGUUGCUUGACGCAGAUCAGUUGCGACGCGAGAUGAACGAGAAUCCGCGGUUCCGUCUCAAGACGUUCAACGAGGCUCCGAUCAUUUUCAUACCCACAUACAAGUUCGAUCGGCACACGAACCAGUGGGACACGUCGGAGAAGAAAAGAUCGCCUGCUUGGUGCGAUCGAAUCUUGUGGCACGACCGAGGCACAAACAAGGUGAUGUGCCUGGACUAUCGACGAUGCGAGACUACUGUGUCGGACCACCGACCAGUGUGA